AGUCUGAGUUUUCUUAUGGUUUAAGGUUUUGGGUUUUUAUUUAGUUUUCUGUUAGGAAGUUCUUGUGUUAAAUCUCUUCACUGAUCUGUUUUUUUCUUUGAUGGACGAAGAUGCUGUUGUGUUAACAUUUGGAACGCCUGAAGUGAUGAAUAAGGAAGAAGACGGUUGUAGCCCGAGAGGAGACUCUACAGGGAAGGCAAUGGCUUCAAAGCCUAAAGAGAAAAAGAUCCCUCAUUACCUCAGAGUAUCAACAGGUUCGUGUCAUGAUUUGUGCAAGUACGGGAAGAGACAGGUACCUGUGGAGAAACCAUGGCGUUCAACUACUAAAAAGAUCUUUAAGAAAGAUCUUGAUUAUGAUUUGAAUGAAACUUUGAAGCCGGGGCCUUCUAAAAUGAAGAAGAAGGUGAUGGAAGUCGAUAGAAACAAGGUUACUGAUGAUUCUUCUGAGGUAAUUAAAAGAGAGGUUGUGAAGUAUCAAGUGAGUGGUGGGAUGAAGAAGCCAGAGGUAUUGAUAAUACCAUCUGGUGUUGAUGAAACUCCAGUGAAGCAGAUGAAGAAGAAAACAACAUUAAGUUCCAAACUUAAACCUUCACCAGAUUCAGGAUCUCGUUCAUCUGGAAAUGUUGAUGCCCUGAAGCCGAAGAUCUUGAAGAAAUCUUAUUCAGCACUAGCAACGUCGAAAUCUAAAGUAAACAAUGAAAAUGUUGUUGCUUUACCAGUUCUGAAACCCAAAAUGGGGGCUAAAAGUGGAAAGAAAGACGAAGAUACAACGAUAAAGAAGGAUACAGUCUCCUCUAGAGUUGUUUCAAAGAAGGCUCCGGUGACUCCAAGACCAAGAGCUUCGCUUUCUCCAAGAAUAUCAGUAAGACUAGCCGGGAAUUCAAGUUUGAGAAAGAGUCAGAGCUUAAAGGCUUCAUCUUCCUCUUCUUCUCGACAAAAUCAGAAACCAAGACCCGUGAAUCGUUCUGAUGAAUCUGAUAAGCAGUUAGAUGAUUAUCCAGUCGAGGAGAAAACAUUGCAUGUUGUUGAAAUGGAAACAACUGACAAUGUUGUCUCUGAAACUGAUCAGAAUCAGCAGAGCUUUGUUGAAGCGUUUCUUCCUCCUCUUCCACCGACUCAAUCAACUCCAAAUGAUGAUGAGUGUACUGUUUCAGAAACAGAGGAGUAUGAAUACACUUCAGGAAGCAACGAGGCUGAGACUGUAGACGAAGAGAUUGAAAUGCCCAAUGGAGAGAAGAAACCAAGAGCGGCUAAAAAGGAGGGUGAUUCUGCAGACGAAGCUGCUAGGAAGUUACGUUUCCGUAGAGGAAAAGUUGUGGAUGCUGAUGCUGUGGGUGAGAGUGCAAGGAAGCUCAAGUUUAGAAAAGGAAGAGGUCUCGGGGAAGACAAAGCGCAAGAUGCACAAGUAAGGAGAAGCUUUAAGAAGAGGGAAGAUAUCAAAGAAGAAGAAGUCGAUGAGAAUGGUGAAAAGGUUGUGUUGAGGCAUCAAGAUGUUCAGGAGAAAGAUGCACAGGGACUGUUCAACAAUGUCAUUGAAGAAACAGCUAGUAAGCUCGUUGAAGCUCGAAAAAGCAAAGUUAAAGCUUUGGUUGGUGCUUUCGAAACCGUCAUUUCUCUUCAAGAAUCUUGAAACCUCCUGCUAACUCUGAAACUAAUAUAGAUUUGAGCUGGUUUGAAUCGUUUCGGUCUGCUGAACUUUAAGAAGAUUGAUGCUUCCAUAGUUCAUACAAAGUUAAAAGAUAUGUCUCAGCCAAACUUUGAUAUUAGUGCUUUGUGAAUAAUACUUGACGGGAUUGGGGUUUGUGUUUGGUUUUGGUUAUUGUAGACCGGUUUAUUGGUUUUUCUUAUAUAUAAUUUAUUUUGGAUGUUUCCCGUUUGUAAUUCAGUUUGUAUAGAAAAAUUCUAGUAUGUUUUUUCGUACAUUUGUUGUUGCUUUA